AUGGACAAAGAGGCACUCCAAGAUAUUGAUCUACGCAUUAAUGCCAUCGAGAGACGCCUCAGGAAUGCGAAGUCUGCGAGGGACGCGUACAUCGAUUUUCUACGCAGCAAAUACCCGACUUGGAAGACACCGAACAUGGUGACUUAUCAGCAAAAUUUUGCGGAACGACGUAGCGAUUAUCUAAUCAAUGAGUUGGCCACCUCGGAAUAUCAUUGGGAUAUUGGACGCGAAGAGACGAAACCAAGGGUUCAGCUUCCGAAAGGCAAACUCUACAACCCGAUCCCUCUCCGAGGGCCUCUACUCCAAUCCGAUGUAAUCUUGAUGCGGCAGCGCUUGACCGAAAUUUCAAAUCAUUUGAGGGUAAUGCGUGAACAUCGUCUUCACAUGCCAACCAACGAUUAUAUCAAAAUUCGUGAUACCACAAAUGCGUUUGGCCCUACCGACCUAAACUUGGUCGAGGAAGAAGACGAAAUUGCAGAGCUCAAGCGAAGAAUUGAUGAAAUUCGGGAAGAGCAACAAAAAGCUAGCGAAAUUCUGGAAAGACCGGUGCCAGUCAUAAAACCAGUCGAAGUCAUUGAAAAGGAAAUUCCUAGGGCCGCUCCAGCUCCUCCAACGACCGUCUACAAUAGACCUAUCAUCAUGGCUGAGCCAUCGAACUCCGAGAAGCUUCCUGAACCUCCAGCACCAAAAGCCCCUGAGCCCACGAAGCAGAUUGUUGAAAAGCCAACGCAAAACUCCGAUUACGCUAAAGUGAUGAGCAUGUUCGGAAACCAGACCACUACUGAUACGGAAAGCGACAGCACACCUAGACCAUCGGCACCAGUGCUUGCAUCUAUACUACCUAGUAAUCCUCCGGCACAGCCUGCCAGCGAUCUCCUCUCGCGGUACCUCACCCAACCACGGCCUGGAAACCAAUCGCAAAGCCUGGGCCUGCAAGCUCAACAGGAUUCAGAUGACGAAUUCUUCAAC